AUGUCGUCAGAGAAGACCGAGGUCCACGCUGACCCGGGCACCAACAUGCGGCCCUUCGCCGAGUCCAACCCGCCGAUGGAGAACACGGAGGACGUCAAGGACGACAUCAAGGUCGAGGUUGACGAGGCGGAGGAAGAGCUAGAUCUCUACCGCCCGCUUCCCAUGGACCCCAACAUCCCCUACGAGGGCAACCCUCUCACCAUCCGAGCAGUCGUCGUUGGCUGCAUCCUCGGCGCUCUGGUCAACGCAUCCAAUCUCUAUCUCGGUCUCAAGACUGGUUUCACCUUCUCGGCGAGCAUGUUCGGUGCCAUUUUCGGUUAUGGCAUCUUGAGGGUCAUGUCCAAGGCCGAGCGCGUCCCCAUCAUCGGUGGUCUCUUUGGACCCCAGGAGAACUCGAUCGUUCAGGCUGCGGCCACUGGUGCCGGUGGCAUCGCUGGUAUCUUCGUGGCCGGUAUUCCCGCGCUCUACCAACUUAACGUGAUGCACCCCGAUGGCCCGGCCAGGUCUCCCAGGGACGACAUCGGUGCCAUCUUCACCAUCACCCUUGUCUGCUCGUUCCUGGGCCUGUUCUUCGUCACCCCGCUGCGCAAGUUCUUCAUCAUCCACGUCGCUCGCGAGCUGAAGCUCAUGUUCCCGACGCCGACUGCCACCGCGCUGACCAUCCGGUCCAUGCAUGCUGGCGCUGCCGGCAGUAUCGAGGCCAUGAAGAAGCUCAAGGGCCUCGGCCUCGCCUUCGUCUCGGCCUUCAUCCACCGCAUUGCGUCGUACUACGCCGUCGGGAUCCUGUACGACUGGCACGUCUUCACCUGGAUCCACAUCUGGAGCGGCUACACCAGCUGGGCGCUGAACAUCGAGUCGUGGGGUUGGUACUUCGAGUGGACACCGGCCUUCAUCGGAUCUGGUAUCCUCAUCGGUCUGAACCCUGCCAUCUCCAUGUUCAUCGGCGGCGUGCUCGCCUGGGGUCUGAUCGGCCCCCUGCUUGUCCACUAUGGCGUAUGCAUUGGAAUCCAACUGGCCCCCGACGACCCCAAGUGGGACUCGAUGUACUCGUUCGCCUCGCUCAAGGAUCUCGGCAAGGGGCCCCCGUCCCCUCGGUACUGGCUGCUCUGGCCCGGUGUCAUGGUCAUGGUGUGCUGCUCCAUGGCCGAGCUGGUCAUCCAGUACAAGGUUAUCGGCGUCGGAAUCAAGGCCCUCUGGAACCACGGAUGUGCCAGCAUCAACAGCAUGCUCAUCGGGCGCGGCAAGUCCAGCGCCUUCUUUGCCAAGCACGGAGCCGAGCGCCAGAAGGCUGAGGACGUGAUCGAGGACCCCUCGACCCCCGACGAGCAGGUCAAGCAUUGGAUGUGGACCCUCGGCCUCUUGGUCACCAUCGUCGCCGCCAUUCUCAUCUUCCACUUCCAGUGGGAGAUGCACCCGGGCCUGACCAUCCUCGCCGUCAUCCUCGCCAUCCUCUUCUCCUUCCUGGCCAUCCAGAUUGGCGCCGUCACCGACAACACCCCGCUCACCGCCGCCUCCAAGGCCUCCCAGCUCGUCUUCGGCGCCGCCACCAGCAGCUCCGGCUUCUCGGUCGCGCACGCCCAGAAGCUCAACUUGGUUGCUGGUGGCCUCGCCUCGGGUGGUGCCGAUGUCGCCACCUCUCUGACCAGCGAUUUCCGAACCGGCUUCCUCCUAGGCACACCUCCCAUCAAGCAGUGGAUUGCCCAGGCCUUUGGCACCUUCAUCGCUGUCUGGCUAGCCCCCGGCCUCUUCGUCCUCUUCACCAGCGCCUACCCUUGCAUCUACGACUCCAGCUACACCAAGUGCGCCUUCGCCAUCCCGUCCGUGUCCGCCUGGGCCGCCGUCGCCAGGGCCGUGACCGACCCCACUGUCAGCAUCCCCAAGACAUCGGGUAUCUUCGCCAUCGUCAUGGGCAUCUUCUCCGUCGCCCAAGUCGUCUUCCGCCACUACUACCUCGUGGGUUCCCGCGAGAAGUACAGGGCCUAUCUCCCCAACUGGGGCGCCAUCGCCCUCUCGUGGGUUAUCCCCGCCCCCGUCUUUGCCAACGCCGCCCUCCUCGGCGCCAUCAUCGCUGCCAUCUGGCGCAAGUAUAAGGCCGAAUCCUGGGAUAUUUACGGCUAUGCUGUCGCUGCCGGUCUUAUCGCUGGCGAGGGUCUCGGCGGCGUCGUUGGCGCUGUUCUCACGCUGGCUGGUGUGGAUGGGUCUGUCAAGGGCACCCAGAUCGCCUGCCCGAUGCUGGAGUGCUAA